AUGCAGGACAUUGUGGGCGACAUCGCUGUCUUCAAGCAUCCUGUGCAAGAGUGUGAUUUGCGUGCAGCUGCCGAUCGCUUUUUUGCAGCCCGACCCGGUGUCAAAGUCAUUGCUCUGAAGACGUCGGGAAUGGCUGGUCCAGGGCGGCAGAGCUCGCAUAUUGUUGUGGCGGGUGAGAACAGGCUGCACACCACACACACAGAGUACGGCAUUCAGACAAAAGUUCACGUCUCUGAUGUCUUCUUCUCUCAGCGGAUGGCGGCCGAAAGGCAUAGAAUUAGCAGUCUUGUCGAAGAGGGUGAUAGAGUCUUGAUCCUCUUCGCAGGAUGCGGUCCGCUCGCAUGCAUGGUUGCAAAACGAACGGCUGCUGCAGAAACUGUUUGCAUUGAGAGCAAUUCCGCUGCAUUCCAGUGCCUUCUGGAGUCUCGGGCCUUAAACAAAAUCGACCCACUUCGCAUGCCCUGCUUUUUGGCCGAUGUGCGAGACUUUCCUACCUUGCCGGUGCAUGUUGCUGCGGGUCUCGUCCACUCCGCGCAGAAAGCAAGGCUACCCACAUAUACGCGGCUGGUGAUACCCAGACCAAAGACUGAGCCAGAGGCAACUUAUUUGGACAUCGUACUCCCCGUGGCUGAUGUGCGAAAGGGUGCCAUGAUUCAUUACUACGACUUUGCCACCCAAGAGGAGAUUUCGACUGGGGCAGCACGAACACUCAGCCUUCUUGAAUCAACUUGCCAGGCAGCUGGUUGGAAGAUUGUGGGAACUCCCAGCAUAUUCCGUGCAUCGGGUGCCGCGAUUGGCAUCAAGCUGUACAGAAUCUGUGUUGACUUCAGAGUGCUCCCUGACAAGCUGGAGUGA